AUGUCCUCAAAUGUUCCUACAUUAAAUUGUAAUCAAAUACCAAAACCAUUAUUUGGAGGAACUUCAAACGCAAAUGAUUUAAUUAAAAAUUUUGGGAUUUCUAGUCAAUCUAAUAAUGGUUUACCAAAUAUAGAAAAUCAUACUAUAACUAAUGCAUCUAUUGAAGUUGUAAUUGACUUUACCAGACCUGAUGGACAAAGAACAAGACCUUUAUUAGUAGAAGGUAAAAGAUUAUACGUUGAUGAACAUUAUAUAUCUGUAUGGUCACCAAUUUUAAGAGCUUGGUGUAUUGAAUGUCCUGAUAGAGAAUUAAUUUUAGCUAAUGUUCAAUAUGAUCAUAUAUUAGAAAUGCUUCAAGCUAUUCAUCCAACAUAUAAAGAUAUUGAUGAUCAAACUGUUCAUGUUCUUUUACCUUUAGCUUUUGAUUAUCAAAUGGAAGGUUUACUUCAUAGAUGUGAAUGUUUCUUGGUUAAUCAUAAAUUACCUUUUUUAGAAAAAAUUUGGCUUGCUGAUAGAUAUAAAUUAAAUAGAUUACUUGGAUUAUUAAUAAAAGAAAUGAGACCAAAUAGUAAAGUUGAUUUAUCAGGAUCACGUUAUUAUGGUCUUUCUGAUAGAGUUAAAGUUUUGUUACUAGAAAGAUUACAUGGUGCAGCAGCUCCUGAUGAUAUUCCAGAACAACCAUUAGAUUUAGAAAGAUUUUAUCGUGUAUCUGAUCUUAAUUUUGCAUCUGUAAGAUCAAAAACUGGUAGAAUGUAUUAUGUUAAUCCUUACUAUCUUGCUGCUUGGUCAAAUAUAUUUCAGGAACGUAUUUGUUGUUUACGAACACAAGAAGAAAUAUAUUGUCCAUGUUCUCAUGAAGAAUUAAAAGCAUUUCUUAUGGCUGUCUAUCCACCACAGCUUCGUAUAACUGAAUCAAAUAUUGGACCAAUACUUGUGGCAGCUUGUAAAAUGGAAUCACCUGGACUUUUAAAAAAGUGUGCGCAAUUGCUAUUAUCUCCUACAACAAAAUUGUCAGUUUUUGUUAGAUUAUCAUUACUUGAUAGAUGUUAUUUACAUGAAAUGUUAAGUACUUGUUUAAAAAUGAUAACAAGAGCAGAAAUAUUAAUAGAAAUGACUCAACAACAAACUUAUGAUUGUUUAUCAACAAAAGCACGAUCAGCUAUGAUGGAUAGACUUGCUUUAUUAUUAAAAAAAUCUGGAAUGCCAAGCCAUUUAUGUAAUAGGUGUAAAACAUUAUCAGGAUGUAGUGAUGUGACAUGGAUGUGUCCACAAUGUAAAACAUAUACAGAGUCAACUGUAAAUCGUAAUACUGGACAAGGAAUAAAUAAUCCAAAUAUGUUAACUUCAACAAAUACAACUCAACUAAUAGGAAAUCAUGGAAAAUUGAAUGAUCAACAAAAUAUGGGACAAAUGAUACAUUCAAAUGUUAAUUUAAAUCAAAAUAUGCAACAGCAACUUUCUCAAGGAGUAGGACAAAAUCCAGGAUACAAUAUAACUAAUGCUGGAAAUAGUUCUUCACAAUAUAAAUCUGGAAGUUUGCGACAUUAA